UAUAAUUGCCGUAGAGAAUCAAGUUUCUGAAGGUUCCAGCACAGAUAAUCCGCAAGAUAGUGAUGACACAACAAAACGUGAUGGAAAAGCGACAAGAGAAAUAUAUAUUGAAUAUAAGAACAAGUUUAAGAAAGUAUUAGAGUUGUACAAAAGAGAAAUGGGGAAUGAUAACUUUGUGAAAGGUUUUGAUGAAGAAUAA